GCGUCGCGUCGGUUCGAUCGGCGCGCAGCGGCGAAUCGCGUUAAAGGGUGGCGGGUGGUGAGAGCGCGCACCGUACGGCCCGUACCGGCGAGCGCGAGACAGCGAGCGGCAGUUCGGCGAUCGCUGCCCGGCGCACAGGUUGUGCGUGUGUGUCCGCCGCGCGAGACGCUCCUUGCCACGUGGUGAUCGGCGAACGAGCCCGCGCGUACUUUAUAUAUAUAUAUAUCUCUCUUUCUCUCUGCCUCGUGUAUCUUUGUCUCUUCCUCCUUUCGUCCUGGCUUAUCUUCCGUAGCUUCCCGCUCUCGGCGCCCGCGCUCCGUCUUGACCACGUGUGUGCCGGCGCGUCGCACGCACUCGCGGUGAUGCCCACACGGCACGCCGCGGCCACCGUCGUCCGAAUACUCCGAGUCGUCGCGCGGAAACGCGCGUGACGUUAGUGUGCGCGCGCGUGCGAGCGCGCCCGCUCCGUUUUUUUUUCGAAAAAAAAAAAGAAGGGACUCGAGGUCGUCCGCGAGGAUGCCGGACAAGGUGGCGCCGGCGGAGAAGCCGGUCCUGCGGCCCGACGCCGCGGCGGCCAACAACGACGGCGAGGGCGUCAAGCUCAAGAAGGAGCUGGGUCUGUGGGACGGCGUGGCGAUCAUCGUCGGCAUCAUCGUCGGCGCCGGUAUCUUCGUGUCGCCCAAAGGCGUGCUCAGGAACAGCGGCAGCGUCGGCCUGGCCCUCAUCGUCUGGAUCUUCUCCGGGAUCCUGUCCCUCAUCGGCGCGCUAUGUUACGCCGAGCUAGGUACGAUGAUCCCCAAAUCCGGUGGCGAUUACGCGUACAUCAGCGAUGCCUUCGGACCUCUGCCAGCGUUCCUCUACCUCUGGGUGGCCUUGUUCGUCCUGGUGCCAACGGGGAACGCGAUCACGGCACUCACCUUCGCACAGUACAUAUUGCAACCCGUGUGGCCCGGAUGCGAGCCGCCAUAUGCAGCGGUGCGACUACUUGCCGCCGUGAUCACUUGUCUCUUGACCGCCAUCAAUUGCUACAAUGUCAAAUGGGCGACCAGAGUACAGGACAUCUUCACCGGCACCAAGAUCUUCGCCCUGAUAAUCAUCAUGAUGGCCGGUUUCUGGUGGCUCUGCAUGGGCCAUACGGAGAACUUUCAGUAUCCGAUGGCUGGCACCAACACUCAGCCCGGUUACAUCGCUCUAGCAAUUUAUUCGGGACUGUUCUCCUACUCGGGCUGGAAUUAUCUCAACUUCGUGACGGAGGAACUCAAGGAUCCCUACAAGAAUCUUCCGAAGGCGAUUUGUAUAUCGCUGCCGCUGGUGACAGUGAUUUAUGUUUUCGCGAACAUCGCCUACUUCGUCGUACUCACGCAGGAUGAAAUACUCGCGUCGAAUGCCGUCGCUGUUACCUUUGGCGAUAAGUUAUUGGGCGUUAUGUCGUGGAUCAUGCCGUUCUUUGUGGCAUGCUCGACUUUCGGGGCGUUGAACGGCGCGAUCUUCGCGUCGUCCAGGUUGUUCUUCGUCGGCGCCCGAAACGGACAUCUCCCCACUGCCAUUGCCCUCAUUAAUGUCCGCAACUUGACGCCGAUGCCAUCCCUCAUUUUCCUCUGCAUUAUCACCCUGGCACUCCUCAUCAUAGAGGAUGUCUACGUACUAAUAAAUUAUGUCAGCUUCGUUGAGGCUCUAUUUACCACACUCUCCGUGUCUGGUCUGUUGUGGCUACGUUACAAAAAGCCCGAUCUUCAGCGUCCGAUAAAGGUUUCGAUAAUUUUGCCGAUCAUCUUCUUCAUAAUCUGCGCAUUCUUGGUCACCUUCCCGUGCUACGUCUCGCCAUGGGAAGUAGGCAUAGGCGUAAUCAUAAUCCUGUCCGGCAUUCCCGUGUACUGUAUCUUCAUCGAUUGGAAAACGAAGCCCGCCUGGCUCGUCAAUGGAUCCCAUAAUUUCAACAUGAUGUGUGCGAAGCUGUUCAUGUGCGUGCAAGAAGACAAAACGGAGUGAGUGCGUGAGACUCGUGAUAAUUGUGACGAAAAAUUCCAAGCUGUGACAUCCGAUUUUAAGAGUGCAUUCCGCACGCAUCGUACUUUUUUUUAGAUAUAUGGAAGUUUAGAUAGUUGUGAAUACAUAAAACGUCGAUCGUUAUCGUCUGUCGAUCAAUUGCAUGAUUGCAAUAAGUAUUAACGAUAAUGUGCGAGCGAGCGAUACAGCAGUGUCGUUAGAUUCAUAAUUUUUAUAUAAAAAAUAUAUAUAUUAUUAUAUAUUGGCGGAGGUAACUUUUAUACAUAUAUAUUCGUGAUUAUUUAUUGUUUAAUAAGUGCCUGUACGCGCCAUCGCUAUAAUUUAUUAAGGAGUAAAUUAAAUUCAAGUGCCAAUUCUUGACACUGCCCGGCGUAUUCGAAAUGUACGUUUCAAGAACAUAUUUAGGAUAAAAAUUUUUCAAUCAUGUAAUCCGUACACGCAUAUAUGUGCCACAUUUUCAUUGGCCACGUUGGAUUACACAGGCAUAAUAUGAGACAAUAGAGCUAUAUUUAUGACGGUAUAAUAUAAUGAGAUCUAGCAAGAUUAUUAAACAAUGUAAAGAGAAUUACGCGCCUGCGCAAUACUAUUUCGAUGGGUCCAAUUUUUAAGGACUAAUUGUAAGUCAAUUAUAGUAUAAUUUAUUCGCAUUUAUGAGGACUGUCAUCAUGUAUCUAAUCAUUCAAAUUUGAAUUCAGUGAAAUUACUGAUUUCCUCAAUUGUACAUGUAUAUAUAAUGGAGUAAUGUAAAGUUUACACAUUGCACGUGAAUAUAAUUACGAUGAAAUGUUUACAAGGGAUACGUAAAGGAUUCCGCAUUGAUUAUUAAUUGUACAUACAAUGUUAUGUAAUUUUGAUAAUCAUUUAUGAGUUAGUUAAAAUUUUCUUUCCCAAUGAAAAAAUAAAUUUUCUAAGAAAGUAGACCUUUUCUUACUUUUAAUUACCUAAGGAAUACAUAUAAAUCGUACGUGUUAAAUAAAUUAAUCAUCUGUAUGUUAAUUAAUCAUUAUCGUGAACAUUGAUUGAUUAUGACAUUCACAGUUCAUUGAAUCUGCAAAUUAAAUAUCAUGGAUAAAAUUUCCGAAAGCGUUUAAAAAAAGACGGAAUGUUUGUACAGUUGUUUGGAAAACUUUAUAUUACUCGCCCUACGAAAUGACGUUCACGCUUUUGAAUAUGGACUAUAAAUGCGUCAAGUAUCAUUGCUUAAAUGAUAUUCGCGUUCUAAUCAGACAACUGCUCAAGUACCAGUAGGGGAUUAUCGUGAAAGAAAUUGUAUUCGAAAAUGACUGAUUAUGUGCCUUAAACGCGAGCAAAGAGACUACGUAUUCUGUUUCACAGAAUAGGGUAUUUUAUACAAAACGCAUAAUAACUAAAUAGUACUAAUGGCGAAUCGUGAAUAAGAGGAGAUGCGUCUUAAAGAACAUAGAUACAACUAACAGAUCUUUGAAUAGCAACUUUAUUCCAACAGAUUUGAUAAAACGGCAUUGUAAAUCGCUUUUAAGUAUAACUUGCAAUUAGUUUAUAAGCUGUUAACGGAGAUAGGAAAGAUUAGCACUCUCACGUGCUGUACAUUUUUACUCGUCAUUCCUAAACGUCUAAACGUAGAAUGUGAUGUGUGGUGGAAAAGACACGGUAUAUAUACGCCUGCCGUUAAACUACUGCAAAUUACUACGGCAAAUAGGCCAAAAGUACUGUUAAUAUGCGCCGAAAUAAGACUAGUAACGGCUACCCGUUAUGUAUUUGUAAAUAUUUCAUUUAUAUUUAACCUCUGUCUCUCGUAUUUACUUUUGAAAAUCUUGUACAGAUACUUCUCGGCGUCAUAUUAAAGUCCAACCAUUUGAAGAAU